CAUGACGUCACCACGCAGGGGGUGGCGACGUGGAAAACAUGGAGGAAAAGGAGUGUGUAGAGUAAACUUAACUGCCUCACAUUUCUCAAUAUUUCAGGCGUUUCGCUUUGUAAACGACACGUGAUAAGCAAACUGGACACAGUUAUUUGCCAAACGCCGGUACACGUUGACUGAACAGGGAGCUGGAAGCGAUACGGAGACUGGGAGAAGCGUUUCUGACAGGAUUCAGCAUAUGCACGGUGAAACACAGUGAAGAGUGCUGAACCUGGCUUAGCAGAGCCAGUAGAGAUGGGAGCCAACACCAGCCAGGUCAGUGACCUGUCUGAUAACAGCAGCCUCAAGGCUCUGGUGGGCUCAGAGUCCAUGUCGGAGAAUGACCCUUUCUGGAACCAGCUCAUCUCCUUCACUUUCAUCAGUCCCACCAGCAGUGGAGACACCAAGUUACUGGAAGAAGCUGUCAUCCCACUGGCCAAAGCACUCAUUGAAAACAAUCCCAGAACGGGGAACUUUGGUGCUCUUGUGAGAAUUUUCCUGGGAAGAACCAAAGAGCUGAAGAUUUCUACAGAAUGCCAAGAUCAGCUGUUUAUCUGGCAGGCCCACAAUGCACUGUUCAUGAUUCGUUGCCUGCUCAAGGUGUUCAUCAGGGAGCUGAGCGAAGAGGAGCUGCACCUGCAGUUCUCCUACCAAGAGAGGGCACCAGGCUCCUAUGGAGGCAGCGAGGACCUCCUGGAGGAGCUGCUCACCAACCUAGUUCACCUGAUCGUUGACGUGCCCCUGCUAGACAUCACCUAUAGCAUCCUGUUUGAAGCAGUGACCACGCUGCUGGUGCUCUUCUCCUAUCAGCUCUUCCACAAAGACAUCCUCCGGGAUGGAAUAAUCUACCAGCACAUCAUGAAGGGGAGAUGUUUGCCCUUAACCAGUCGCCUAGUGAAGACCCUGCUCUACAACUUUAUCAGGCAGGAGAAGUGUCCGCCUCCAGCGACACACAUCUUCGAGCCCAAAGCUGAAGGCGGCCUGCUUUACGGCCUAGCGUCAGGAGUGGCAAGUGGUCUGUGGACUGUCUUUACGUUGGGCGGAGCUGCCAGCAAAGCCGGGUUAGACCAGGAACACAACCCCUUGCCCUUAUCUAAUCAGAGCCUUCUGUUACUGCUGGUUCUAGCCAAUCUAACAGACGGCCCCGACUGGCCCAACCCCUACCGGCAAGCUAUUACGUGUUUCAGAAACACACAAGACACAUCAUCGCUGCCUGUGGAGCAGCCUCACACGUUCCAGAUCAAUUUCAACAGCCUGUACACAGCUCUGUGUGAACAGCAGCGCUCUGACCAGGCCACCCUACUACUGUACACCCUGCUGCACCAGAACGCCAACAUGAGGACGUACAUGCUCUCCAGAACUGACAUGGACAAUCUGGUAUUGCCUAUUCUUGAGAUCCUUUACCACGUCGAGGAAAGAAAUUCUCAUCAUGUCUACAUGGCCCUCAUCAUUCUCCUCAUCCUUACAGAGGACGACGCCUUUAAUCGUUCCAUCCAUGAGGUGAUGUUAAAGAACAUCUCCUGGUACACAGAGAGGUCUUUGACAGAGAUUUCCCUUGGUAGUUUGCUCAUCUUAGUUGUCAUCCGCACGAUCCAGUUCAACAUGACCCGGACAAGGGAUAAGUACCUUCACACUAACUGUCUGGCCGCGCUUGCCAACAUGUCGGCUCAGUUUCGAUGUCUGCACCAGUAUGCUGCCCAGCGCAUCAUCAGUUUGUUUGCAUUGCUUUCCAAAAAGCACAACAAGGUUUUGGAGCAGGCAACGCAGAGUCUGAGAGGCAGGCAGCCGGAUAACACAGCUCUGCCCGACUAUGCCCAGGACCUAAAUGUGAUUGAGGAGGUGAUCCGCAUGAUGCUGGAGAUCAUCAACUCCUGCCUGUGCAACUCCCUACACCACAACCCCAACCUGGUGUACGCGCUGCUCUACAAGAGGGAGCUCUUUGAGCAGUUCAGGACGCACCCAUCCUUCCAGGACAUCAUGCAGAACUUGGACAUGGUGAUUGGCUUCUUCAGUCAGCGCCUGGAGCAGGCUGGAACUGACCUGUCAGUUGAGAGGGUCCAGGAGGUCAUCAUGAAAGGAGCCCAGGCCCUGCCCAAGGACAGACUGAAGAAGUUUCCCGAGCUGAAGUUCAAAUACGUGGAGGAGGACCAGCCGGAGGAUUUCUUCAUCCCCUACGUCUGGUCCCUGGUCUUCAACUCGGGCGUCGGCCUCCACUGGAGCCCCCACGGCAUCGAGCUCUUCAGCAUGGACUCCGGCUGAAGCCUCUCCCCAUGUCUGUUCUCUCUGGAAAACACAGACUGACGGCAUGCGUGUGUGUGUGUGUGCGUUUGGCGUGGUUGUGUGCGCGUUACCCUUUACAGUACGCGCACGCUGCUUUGAAAGUGCCUCGACCUUGAGCAGAAUGGUGUGGUUGCUGUUCGUUUCACCCCCCACCCCCCCAUUUUUAUGCAGCUCAACCACUUUUUUCCCCUUGUAUCAUAAUAAUUCCUCUGCUUCUACACUGUGAAGCUUCAUCCGUGCAGGUUAGCGGUUCACACAGUAGCACCCACUCAUGUACAGUUAGUGCACAAUGCAGUGAGAACCUAUUUAACAUCAGAGCAGCUUCCCGUGGUUCCACAGCCCACGUCCGGUUACUUCCCCUGGAAAGCCUGAGGAGCUCGGGCCACUGGCGGCGGAUAAUCCUGCGUUUGUUUUCCUGCUAACUAAGAGAAGGUCAAUUCAAACAUAUGCAGAGUUACACUGAACCCAACCAUUUACUGCUGAGUGAUAAAUACGGACGGCCUGAUGCUCAAGACAGGCCGUUUGUCUCGGGACAUCCUUUAAAUAUGUGAUUAUCUCAUAAAUAAAUGUUUUAUUCUGACCUUGCACAGGUCACUCAAUGCAUCCAUCCAUAUAUACAUCCAUACAUCCAUAUAUACAUGCAUUCAUAUAGACCAGGCCACAGAGGCAGAUAUCAUCUCCCACAGACCGUGUGCUGUUGUUGUAGAGUGUAGGGUCCUUUCAGCUUUUAACUCACAUUGAAUUACAGAUUAAUUAAUGCCUAAUUUCACUCCAUGUAUAAUAUCAGUGGGCCACAUUACUCUGAUUCAUGUGAUGCCAUCGUUGCUUCCAGCCCAUUUGUUUGACUUUACCCCGUCUUUGUCGUUUCCAUUUUUCCUGAUGUUCACCUAAGGCAAGUACUUAAAUUAGGACAAGUCAUUAGACCCCGUCCUAUUGUUCAUAAUUACAGUUGUCUUCUUAAUUUGUGACCUUAUUUGCAUGUUUCAAUAGACUUUGUAUUAAAUUAUUUAUUUUCAUGUAUAUUGUUUUUAUAUAUAUUCAGCCCCUAAAUGUAAACUGUGCUGUGUUGACAUGACUGCUACUAAUGAAAGGAAAACUGCUGGUACUUGGACUUUUCCCAUGUGGAAAACGGGCUUUAUAUUAUUUCUUAUAAAAUGACAACAGCUGUCAUUUUGUGGUAAAUAUUACUUUGAAAGUAGGCGUUUGAAUAAAAAUGUUGAAGCGA